CCUGGAGUGUCCACUCCCAGGAGAGCCUCUGUGUCAGGAGGCAGCAUCUCUCUCGGGGACCUCAGCGGCGGAGGAAGAAGCCGACGCGGAAGAUGAAGAAGUUCAGCGACUUGCAGACGCGCAAGUGGCUGCCGAGCUGGCAGAGGAAGCACAAGGUGGACAACUGGCAGACGCAGGCAGCAGCGCAGCAAGAGGGGAACUGCGCCUCUUGUCCUGCCGUGGCUGAGCAGCAGAGAGCAGCAGGGGCAGAGAGCCAGGCAGCUGCCCCACGCAGCCCCAGAGGCCACGGCCGCGCUGUGCUGGACGCACUGCAGCGCCUGGCACGCGCCACCCGCAGCGGGGUUGCAGCUGUGAUCCGGCGCCGUGGCCGGAAGCCGGAGCCGCAGAGGGAGGUGGAAGAAGGUAGGGAGGCAGCCAUAGCAGGAACAUCCACAGCAGCAGGGCCACAGAGCCAGGACUCUGCCCUGCAAAGCCCCUGCUGCCCCCCCAGCCCCUUCCCAAGCCAUCGGCAAGCUCUCGGUGGGCAGCGGGCCGGGGCAGCAGCGCGGGCAGUCCUGCCGGUGGCAGAGAGCGAGGACGGGGCCUGCUCCGAGGACGAGAGUCUCUGGGAUAUCUCCAGCCUCCCCGAGCCAUCAACAGAAGAUGAAAACACAGAGGAGAGCUGGAGUAGUGGGGAGGAAUGUAGCUCAGUGUCCCUCCCGUGCCAGGCAUGGGCACAGACGCCCUGGGACUCUCAAGCAGGCACAGCCUCAGUCCCUGGCCCAGGUGUCAGUAGCACAAGCUCUUACACCAGGGCAAAGGCCCCCAGCCCGCACGGCUUUCCAGACCGCUGCGCCCUCAGCCCCCGGCCAAGCGACCUGGAAGCUCGCAGUGGGCAGUGGGCAGGGACGGCAGCCAAGGCCGUCCUCUCAGUGGCACCGAGCCAGGACGGCGCCUGGUCCGAGGAGCUGUCAGACAACUGCAGCCUCCUAGAGCUGCCCCCAGAGGAAAACAGCAGAGACCAAGGCUGGGCCAGUGGAGAAAAGGGGUUCCCCGUGCCCGUCCCACGGGAGGCGUGGGCAGAGCCCCGGGCCCUUCAAGCAGCCACAGUCAGAGCCCGUGCCCCAGUUGGCCGCAUCAGCAGCCCGUACAUCAGGCCAAAGGCCCCGACCCCGGAUGCCCGCCCCCCCAGCCCCUCCCCAAGCCAGCUGGAAGCUCUCAGUGGGCCGUGGACAGGGCUCUGGACCAUCUGCGGGGAGUGGCGAGGGGAAGAAAAGACAGAGCAACCUCUGUCCCCUGAGGAAGGCAGCAACCACAGCGAGCUGUCAGAGGAGGACGGGGAAGGCGUCCAGAUCUACACCAUCUGGGUCAAGCCCUCCCUCCUGCCAGUCCUGCUGCAGCCUCAGACCGCUAGCCGGGAAGGGCCCCGAUGCGCCUGCCUCAUCUGCGCAGAGGCGGCCCAAGAGGAUUUAAAGGGAAAUGCUCUCCGCUAUCCACCUCACCGGGAUGGAAUUGCAGUGCUGUGGGCCCAGGUGCAAGACGCAGUAGGGAACACACAGCACACAGGCAGCAACAGAAAAUUUAUGGCAGCUCUAUUUUGUAAAGUGGCUUUUUCAGUUCGUUGUGAAUCUAAUAAGAGAUCUUCUAUGGCUAUGCUUGUAGCAUUCGCUUCUUUGGCUAACCAACACCUCAUGCUGGCUAGCAAGUUUAGGGCAUGUGAGGUCCCAAUUGCUGGAAUGAGUAUACUGCCCCACGUGUCUCGACUGUGGGACCAAAAAUUGAGAUUAGAAUCACAGUUCUCUUUGAAUUGUUGUAAAUUUUGGGAUUUUAAUAAAGGAUGA